AUGCAAAGCCCGAAACAGGCACAUGUACGCAAGAAGUACACACUGGGAAGUAAUAUUACAACUCGUAUUCAACCCAGUAGUAGAAACAAAAAUAAUGAAUGUAUGAACCAAUAUAAGAAACGUAUGGUGAGCUGA